CGGGUAUGGAUUUGCUCCAUAUAACGGGUCGGAUCCGUAUCCAGAUCCUGAAAAUAGGCGGGCAAACAACUCCUCAUGGGUUCUCGAGAGAAGCGGGCGCCCAUUUCUAAAUUCGUCGCCUGAGGAAUUGCGCAUCCACAAAUUUCUCCCCUCACUUUCAACGCCCUCGUUAAUACUACAAACAAAUUGAAACCCACCCAAUUUCGAAAAAAAAAAGUUCCUCCAGCUCUAGGGUUUCAGUCCCUCCUCUUUUUUAACGAUCUAGAAAAUGGCAGAUGCUGAGGAUAUCCAGCCUCUUGUUUGUGACAAUGGGACCGGAAUGGUUAAGGCAGGAUUUGCUGGAGAUGAUGCUCCAAGGGCUGUUUUCCCAAGCAUUGUUGGUCGUCCACGUCACACUGGUGUGAUGGUUGGCAUGGGCCAAAAAGAUGCAUAUGUCGGUGAUGAGGCUCAGUCAAAGAGGGGUAUUUUAACUCUGAAGUACCCGAUUGAGCAUGGUAUUGUGAACAACUGGGAUGAUAUGGAAAAGAUCUGGCAUCAUACAUUUUACAAUGAGCUUCGUGUUGCCCCGGAAGAACACCCUGUUCUUCUAACUGAAGCACCUCUCAAUCCCAAAGCUAAUCGUGAAAAGAUGACCCAAAUCAUGUUCGAGACCUUCAAUGCUCCUGCUAUGUAUGUCGCUAUCCAGGCUGUUCUCUCUCUUUAUGCUAGUGGUCGUACUACUGGUAUUGUACUGGACUCUGGUGAUGGUGUCAGCCACACAGUUCCUAUUUACGAGGGGUAUGCACUACCUCAUGCAAUCCUCCGUCUAGAUUUGGCUGGCCGUGACCUGACAGAUGCUCUCAUGAAGAUCCUGACUGAGCGUGGCUACUCUUUCACAACUACUGCUGAGCGAGAAAUCGUCAGAGAUAUGAAGGAGAAGUUAUCAUACAUUGCUCUUGACUAUGAGCAGGAAAUGGAGACUUCAAAGACAAGCUCAUCUGUUGAAAAGAGCUAUGAGCUACCUGAUGGACAAGUGAUCACCAUUGGUGCUGAAAGAUUCCGUUGUCCGGAGGUUCUCUUCCAACCAUCGAUGAUAGGCAUGGAGGCUGCUGGUAUUCAUGAGACAACUUACAAUUCCAUCAUGAAGUGUGAUGUGGAUAUCAGGAAGGAUUUAUAUGGAAACAUUGUUCUGAGUGGUGGGUCUACUAUGUUCCCUGGUAUUGCUGAUAGGAUGAGCAAGGAGAUAACUGCACUGGCACCGAGCAGCAUGAAGAUUAAGGUGGUUGCUCCCCCUGAGAGGAAGUACAGUGUGUGGAUUGGAGGCUCGAUCUUGGCAUCCCUCAGCACGUUCCAGCAGAUGUGGAUUGCGAAGGCAGAGUACGAUGAAUCUGGUCCAUCAAUCGUACACAGGAAAUGCUUCUAAUUCUCUUCUUCUAGAAAGUGGUGAGACCUAGAGAAAGAACAGAUAUAAAUGAUGAGAUGAUGCCGAUAGCUCAGAUUACUUUUUUCUCUGCACUUCUAUUUUCGGAUUAAUUCGAAAGAUGACCUCAAGAAGUGCUGCUCUUUCUUGACAAUUUCUUCAACCAAUUUCCAGUUAUUUGCCCUUAAUUGUUUAGUGUCUUUUUUUUUGGUUAAGAUGGUGGAACUCUGUAAUCUGAAGGGCAGCCAAUAAUGCUGCUUUUAAACAAGAGUAACUUUGCUAUAAUCUUUUGCUGAUUUCACUUAGUUUCCAUUAUGCCGUCCAAUGUUUGUUCUCA